AAAGGGUCCAUGUAUUUUGUAGUUUAGAUUCAUUGUACACUCCAAACUGUUCUGUUAGUUUGAUGUGUGCGUUACAGCUCGAUAUUUUGCCGAAACUUGAGGAGAGUGCAGAAGGGAUAGCAAAACAUUUAGACGCAUUGCUUCGUUCAUUAACAUCUACAUUAAACGAGAUGUCAAGUCUUACCUUGGACUGUACAACUGUAUUUUCGGAUUCCGUAGAUUACGCUUGUGAAACUAUCGGUGCAUGUAUAAAGGUUAGUCUGUUGACAAAUGGCCAGUUGAUAUCGGAAGUUUGAAAAUGUACGGCCUUUAUUAGCCAUAAUUUCUAAGUAUCUGUACAUUAAGGGUUGGGUUAGGUUUCUAGAAAUACCUCACUAAGGGCCUCUUAUAAAAAGUCGAAAUCUGGUUGAGUACAUGUCUAUAUGUAUACGGCAUUUUUGACAUAGUUUUAACGUUGACAUGUUUCAGUGAAUGCUCUGUUUUAUCAUUUAUUACGUGCUCUCACGUCUAAACAGUGACUCAUUGCACUGAUUUGACAAAAACCGUUUUAUGGAAUAAGUAUACUACGAAGUGAUCAACGUACUCACCCACAGUACUUUUCCUAUCUUUAAAAGUUUGCUUAACCAGAAAUGGGUCAUAGUUUUAUUUUCACAAGUGGGCUUUGAAGGUAUCUCACGAUAGACUGGUACAUUUCUGAAAUGUAAUAAAAAAAACACUUCUAGUGUAUUGCUGUGCUUAACGCUCUUAUCCACAAGUACUGAACAACUCUACGCAAUAUCCUUAUUUAAUUAGUUUGGUUCGGAUUUGAAACCACUAAUCACAACUGUAGACAUACACUAGUUCACGCAUUAUUGUCCGAUUGUAAACAACCAUUUUAAUAACAACGCCACCUUAAUAUGAAUUUAGCACAAGUUCCCAGUGCUUCCUAAAGUUAUAAGGUGGGAGGAUGUGGGAAGUUUAAAUAGCUUAAGAAAAUAGGGAUUCCCUUAUCAUUGUAUUAAUCAAUCAGCUAAUGGAAAACCUUGUAUAUUUUGGUCAAUUUAAGAUUUUUUAUUUUUAUUUGCACCUGAAAUACUUAACUGUUGUUGGAAUAUUUUCAGAACUUUUAUUUCCUCCUUAGUCCACUUAUGUUUUAAUGGCCAAGUGCGAAGAAUUAUCCAGAUCAAUGUCUCAGCUAGAACCUUUGAAAAAAGAAAUCUUCAUUCAAAAUCAGACAUCAACAUAUCACAAACAAAACGUGAGGACCUAAUAAACGCAGUAAAAUUAUGUGAUUUAUAUAGUCAACAAUAUGUUACGUCAACAAGUGAAUAUGGAUUAAACGAACAAUUAAUAACAGUUGAAGAAGUCGACGAUCGGAGUACAACCGGUUUCCAAGAUGCACCACAACCACAUUUGAAUGAGUCAAUAGGAACUGAUCAAUCACAGUCAGCAAACGUCCCUACCAGACGAGAUUAUCUACUCACCACAGGAUGGAUAUAUGUGAUUGUGCUACAUAUAGGAACAAUACUCUUAUGGAUUCAUUAUAUACACCGUUGGAGAACACAUGGAAGAGAUUAGUCAAUAAGCAUUUUAAUAACGUCAAUUUCGGUUCUUUGAUUUGCUUAACACAUGUUUUGCUUUUUCACCAAUAGUACUAUUGCAAAUUUACAGAAGUAUUUGGAGUGGAACAGACUAUAUCUAUUCUGACGUAGCGUUUAUUGCAAAUGCGACAUCCUCGGGAUAACUAAUAAAAGUCAACUCGUGUUAGUCAGAUGUUUUGAUUCACUUUAGUAAUCUCUAGAAGCACACAAAUGUAGUUUCACUUAACGACAAACUCAAGUAUCAUUCAAGCAG